GAUUUUGAUGUUGGAUGAUUAAACUUAACGUUUUUUGUGUGUCAUUCGUGUUAAAAGUGGCGGUAAAGUGUCACAUUUUAAAUUCAAAAUUGUUGGUAAAAUUUGUAGUUUAAGAUGGACAAUGAGUUAAAGAAAGGCGACGAAAAACAUUCUAAAAAAAUACCCAAAGACGUGGUACUUGAGGAGGAUGUUCCUUCGUUAAUUAAAGAUUAUGAAUUAUUGAUCAAAACCUUAACUGAACAAUUAGAUUAUUAUAAGAAAGAACAAGACAUUUUAAAAAAUGAUGUUGUUAUGUUAUUAAAGGAAAAUAAACAAUUAUCGUCUUAUACAAAGAAUUUAUUACAAAAAACCGACGAAGCUAUUUACAACAUUUCUAAUAAAAAAACUUCCCAGGAGGAAUUAAUAGAAAAUUUAAAAAAUCAAAUAAAUAUGUUAUCUGCUGAAAAAGACUCAACAAUGGAACUUUGGAAGACUUCUUUAUCAACAAUUGAUCAUUUAGAAGAGGAAUUAAGACUUUACGAAGGAAGAACACACGGUUUUGUGCCAAAAGAAGAAGUUAAAAAGAUUAUAAUUAAAUAUGAAAAAAAUGCAAAACAACUUGAAAUGGAAGUUUUACGAUCUGAGUUAGCUAUAGCUGACGUUCAACACGUUUCGAGGACAACUUUAAAUAAAAAGGAUCUUGAAAUUAAUGAAUUAAACGUGCUUUAUCAAUCGUCUUUGAAUAGUAUUAAAAACCUUGAAGGAAAAUUAAUGAAAACUAAGUCGGAAUUUAAUGUUAUGAAAGAAAAAAAGUCUGAAAUGGAGAAACAAAUUUUUUCUAACGCACAAAUUAUAAAUGAUCUAAAAAUCAAAGAAACUCAAUCAAAAAUGAAAGUAAACGAAGCUGUUCAUGUUGUCGAAGCGGCUUUAAAUGAAAAAGAUGCUGCUUUAUUAAGAGAACAACAAUUAAAAGAGGAAAUGGGUCAAAUGUCUCAACUUCAUUCAAAAGAAUUAGAAAACAUGUAUUUAGAAUAUCAAAAAGAUAUUAAAACGAAUAACGAAAUAUACAAUGAGAAAAUAGACAGUUUAAAAUGCGAAUUAACUUCGGCUCAGGCUGAAUUAAAAGCUAAAACUUCAGAAAAUGAUUUUCAUUUACGAACAAUGAAAAUGAUGGAAGAAAAAUUAGCCAAAGUUUCUACAAGCGAUGUUGAAGUAUCGAAUAAAUUGUUGAUUUUAGAGAAAAAUUUGGAGACUACUUUUCAAAAAUUGUUAUUGAGUGAAACGCGAAACAUCCAAUUGGAAUCAGAAAAUAAAUCGGUUAAAAGCGAUCUCACUCAGAUAUCUUGCUUAUACGAACGUGAAGUUUUAACAAAGGAAACCGAAAAGAAACUUUUAGAGACAAAAGUAACAACUUUGCAAAAUGAAUUGGAUUUUAGUAAUAAAAGUAUAACGGAAAUUGCUAAUAAAGUUAUCGAUACUAAUCGUAAAAUGGAAGGAUUGGAAGAUGAGCUUAAAAAACAAUUUGUUUUAAACGACAUAAAAAAAGAAAAAAUUUGGACCAAUAAAAUUCGUGAAAUAGAAGAUACAAAUUUAGCGAUUAAUCGUGAUUUACAAAAUCAACUUCAAGUUCAAAUUGAUUUUAAUUUGAAAUGGAAGAAUGAGAUUAAAGAUAUCAUAAUAAAACUUGAAACUAGAUUAAAUCAAGUUAAAAGUGAAGCGAAGGAUUUAAAAGAGAGAAAUAAAGAGUUAUCGUGGAAAUUGUCUGCUUCCGAACAACAAGUGGAAAUAUACAAAGAACGUCUUGUCGAUUUAUGUGUUGAUGUUAAAAAAAUCGCCAGCGUGUCAAGAGAACAUAGUAAGACUCAAGUUGGUGAAUUAAUUAAUUUACAGGAAAAAGGAAGACAGGAAAUUAAUAGAGGAAGUGAGAGUAAAAAGAAUUUAGAUGAUAUUUCUAUUUUGUAAAUAAAUGUUUUUUAUUUGUU